AUGGGAAGACCACGAGAAGUGCGUACUCUUGAGGAAGAAGCUGCCUACCGCGAGGGUCAGCGAGAGUUGGAUCGUGAGCGGGCUUGUCGUCGUAGGGCCGACCGAGAGCUGCGCGCCAGAGAUGCCGAGUUUAACGACACCGCCGGGAGGCCGAUCCCAAAGCCCACAUCCGACGGGAAAAGCAGACUUAUUUCAGAUCAACCAAUUCCAGCUUCGCCAAGCCCUGCUGGAAAAACCGUCUUUUUCAAAUCAACGGAUUCGUGCUUCAGUCAGCCCGUCAAAAAUGAAUAUGUGAAUGAUGAUGAAGUGGAUUCCUACUGGAAGGAACCCCUGGGCUGGAUGAUUGAACAGAUCGGCAAGUGGUUACAGGUGAAGGAUCCAAUAUAUAUGUACUCUGCUGAAGACAACCUUGCUACACCUGAAGACACCACUGUACCCCCUGGAAAUGUGGCCCAGAGUUAGAACGGUCGCGAAAAUUAAUUAAAUUUAUUGUGUUAAUAAAAAGAUGAUUUUGGGUUCACAUGGAAGUAAAAGCCUUUUGGCACAUUUUUGAUGAUGAAGCCGGCUAUACGCCUGUUGAUUUCGCCUAUCGAUAGGCCUCGGCUACUAUCUUGGUUGAAAGACUACAGAUUCUCUUUUAGAAUGUUUAAAAUAAAUCUGAC